UCUCCCCUCUCUUCACCUCCUCUCGCCUCGGCAGUCAGGACUCCUCUUGUGUCUCUCCUGCUGGUCGAGAAGCUGAUCGGUCGUUUCACAGCUGACAGCUUCAGCACCGAGAGGCUGCUGGAGGGAAAAUCCGGUCGGAAAAAACAGACAAUAAAGAUCGAGCUGCACCUGUCCGGGAGGCUUCGCAGGGACAAAGAGAACUUCUGCAGAAACGAGAGUUGAUCCUGAGGAAAAUGAAACUGGAUGUACUUCUUCCUGUGCUGCUGUGUGCCAUCUGUCUCCUCGUCCUCCCGUCGUCCUCUACCCCCCACCACGAGUCAGAUGAUUCAAAGCUUCUCCACGUGACCAUCCCCACCGCGCUGCCUGUGCAGGUUGUACUUGGUGGCAAUCUGACAUUACCCUGCCUGGUGUCUCUGGCUCACCCGCCGCCGUCCCCCUCAACCAACGGCCGUCACGCCGUGCUGUCUCUCCCCCGGAUCAAAUGGAGCGUACUGACUCAGGGCAAAGAGACAGAGAUCCUGGUUGCCCGCGGCGACAGGGUGAGAGUCAGCGAGGCUUACAAGGACCGAGCCUCGCUGCUCAAUUACGCCUAUUCCCCCGCCGACCUCACCCUGCGGCUGGAGAGUCUGAGGCAGAACGACACCGGCUUCUACCGCUGCGAGGUGCAGCAGGGCCUGGAGGACGCCGACGACGUGAGUCUAGUCAAGGUCAAAGGGGUGGUGUUCCAUUAUCGUGAUGCAUCCAGCCGGUACGCCUUUGCCUUUGAGGAGGCCAGAAAUGCCUGCGAGGAGAUCGGGGCUCGUAUUGCCUCUCCGGAGCAGCUCCUGGCCGCCUACCACAGCGGAUACGAGCAAUGUGAUGCAGGCUGGCUCUCAGACCACUCGGUGAGAUAUCCCAUUCAGAUGCCAAGAGAGGGCUGUUUCGGGGACAUGGAUGGACUGCCAGGAGUGAGGAACUAUGGACUGCUAGAGCCUGAUGAACUGUAUGACGUCUACUGCUACGUGGAGAAUAUUGAGGGUGAGGUGUUUCAUGGCUCGGCCCCCCAGAGUUUCACCUUCUGGGAGGCCAAGGCCUACUGUCUGAGUCACGGGGCGGAGCUGGCCACCACCGCUCAGCUAUAUGCAGCCUGGAAUGAUGGACUGCACCACUGCAGCCCAGGCUGGCUGGCGGACGGGAGCGUGCGGUACCCCAUCGUCACCCCUAGAGUGCGCUGUGGAGGUGGGGAACCUGGGGUCAGAACUGUCUAUCAAUACAGCAACCAGACGGGUUUCCCUGAAGCUCACACUCGGCAUGAUGUCUACUGCUUCAGAAGUGACAACAGCCCUCACACUGAAUCUCCCCAGGAUUUUCUUGCCACUGAGCCAGAGGAUAUUGGCCAGGACAUUGUUUUCUUAUCUAAUCCUACGCAGGAGGAGGUCAGCCUGAGUGCUGUGACAGCAAAGGGGGGCGAAGAACUCUUGGAAGCCUGGACAGCCAACCCUGUAAAGCAGGGCUUUGUGAAGGAUCAAUUCCCAACACUGGUUUAUGACAAGAGGCUGCUGGUCACAGCAGACUUUCAUGAGUCUGUCACUCAGCCGUCUCAGUAUCAAGAGACCCUGUCCACCAAAGACACCUGGGAGCCUGUACAGAAGGCCAGCUACCCUGAGUCCUAUCAGCCAGCACCUGAAGAAAACCUGGAUGCAGAUCAUAACGAGUCUCACACACAACCAACAUCUUCUCCAGAGACUGAUGAUGUACCCACAACUAAUGGGACAACUUCAGAGACCGCAGAGCCCUCAGAGCAUCAUGUUUCUGAGAAUAACCAAAACACUGAAAGCCUUGACACGAUUGUUGUUAAUGCAACAUCUGGAGCUGAUGUAAAUGAGCUUAUCAACAGCUCUUCAGAGGUGCAUCAGGAGACUGAUCUCCCCACUUCUCAAGAGGACCACACUCCAGUUGUUGAUUUGGAACACACCUCUGAAACCGAGUCGGUCCACUUAAGCACCUCUUACAAUGUUACAGGACAGCCAGAGGAGGCCAGCACUGCAAAUACUGAGGAGAUGUCAGUGAUGACUACUUCACCCCACACUGAAGAACCAGAUGUUCUGUCCACCACCGUGUUGCCAUCUUUUGACAACAGUACACCUGAGAGCCAUCCAGUAGAAGAGGAGUCCGGAGAGGAGAGUGCAACUCCAGAUGAGGAAACACAAAACACAGUGACUCUCAGCUUGGUUGCUAUGGAAACCUCUUCCACCUCUGGACUGGUCCCUACACCUGAUUCAAGUCAUCAUCCUACUGAAGAGCACUCAGACGUAACGACAAAGUCCAUCAUUCCCGUCUGCCAUGGUGAUGAGGAAUCUAAUAGCACUUCAGAGGAGGCAGAACCAGAUGAUCCCACCGACCAGAGUGGACACAGCGAUUCUAUGGAAAUCCCAACAGCAGAGGCCAUCAUAGUCACAGACGACUCAGGCUCCAGCAUAUACACUCCUGUCCUAAACAACGACUCAGUCACUUUGUUGACAUCCCCGGCAUCUGUAACCCUGUCUCCCCCUUCUGUUGAGGUUGAAGCCAGCUCCACAGAGAUUAUUACCUUCAUCCCAGAAAGCAAUGCUUCAUCUGAAGCUGAACCUCUGGAGGACACCCAGGACAAACUUGAACAGGAGGGAUUAGGAGAAAGACCAGAUGUAUUUCUCAGCACAGACCAAAAUAUCACAGACAGUGAUCGAGAGGGACGAGAACGAGAGGUCAGAGAGGAAAAUUCAGACUCAGGUGAGGGAUCAGGUGAAUCAGGAGAAAGCCCAGAAGUGAAGCCAGGACUGUUUUUGACAAACCCAACUCUUUCUACAAACCACACUUCUGAGGGAAGUGACGGUGAGCCUGGAACAGAUGCACCUCCUCCAUCAGAUGCAAAAAUCACACUCAUCCCUCAUCUGACCCUCACACCCGGCUGGGAACCAGAGCCUUCCUCCACACCGCAGGAGUCUCGCGCCGAUCGGGAGUACAGUGCCGAGUCUCCUGUCGCUGAGGAAUGUGGUUAUGUCUCAAAGGAGCAAGAGGGUGUGGCGGAGAUUACCACCAGCAGCACUAACGAACAUGGAUCAGAGGGAGGUGAGGGGGAGACCAGCACAGACGAGCCCUCAAUUAAAAGAUGCACAUGGCAUCCGGAUGAAGAGGAAACCCCCAGUCCUGCGCUCGCCACAGGCAGCCAUGAUCUGACAAUUGCUGCUCCCACCAUGCACCCGGAGUAUUUUAAAAAAGAAGAGGAGGAGGAGGAGGCCAUGGUUGCCUCCCUGCCUGCUGCCAAAGUGUCUGCUGCAAGACAAGGAAGCAUUUCAGACUCCUGCCUGGAGAACCCUUGUUUGAAUGGAGGCACUUGUGUCGAUGGUGAAUCAGCACGGUGCCUUUGCCUGCCCGGAUAUGGAGGAGACUUAUGCCAGACAGACCUGGAGACCUGCGAGCCAGGCUGGGAGAAGUUUCAGGGCUUCUGCUACCGUCACUUUGCUAAACGGCAGAGUUGGGAGGCAGCAGAGCAGCACUGUCGGAUGUGUGGUGGACAUCUAAUUUCUCUCAUGACCCCCGAGGAGCAGGACUACAUCAAUGAAAAAUACAAAGAAUAUCAGUGGAUUGGGCUAAAUGACAGAACCAUUGAGGGAGACUUCCGCUGGUCGGACGGGAACCCUCUGCUCUAUGAGAACUGGUACCGAGGCCAGCCUGACAGCUACUUCCUGUCCGGUGAGGACUGCGCGGUGAUGGUGUGGCAUGACGGCGGCCACUGGAGCGACGUGCCAUGCAACUACCAUCUGUCCUACACCUGCAAGAAAGGCGUCUCAUCCUGUGGCCAGCCUCCCGAGAUGCCCAACGCUAAGGUUUUUGGUAAGAAGCGGUUGCGUUACGAGACCAACACCAAGGUGCGAUACUACUGUGAAGAGGGUUUCGUGCAGAAACUGAACCCUGUUAUCAGGUGCCUGCCUGGCGGCCAAUGGGAGGAGCCUCUGAUUAUCUGCAUGUCUACCCAUUCAGUGGAAGAAGACUCCAUUACCUCACCUCCGAGCCAGCAUGAGGAGGUCAUGGAGGUCACGACGACAGAGAAAGCAGCUCCACUGUUCUGGGACAUUAAAUGGAACAUCUAAAGCCAUCCUGCCCCUUUUUUUGUUUAACACUUUCCCCCCUCCUGUUCUUUUACCACUAUCCAGCUCCAGUUUCUGUGUCACGUUAAACUGUAUAAAACUAAUCUUUCAUAUAUUAAAGUAAUCUCAAUUCCUACAGUUAUGGGAAGUCUGGAAAGAUGCUGUGAUCCUAAUUUGUGUUUUUCAGUAUUGCAGGAAGUGAUGCAUGCAUAAAAAAAGCUUGAGGUGAAUUUAUUUGUAUUUGGCCAGUCGAAAAGACGCAAAAAUGUUGCUGGUGGAUCUAGAGGGAAGAAACGACACCCAAAAUAACUUUCUUAUGAAGCAGUCAUGUGCAAAGAUAAGAGAGGAUCCCGCACAGUGCCUGAAACACAAACAGUGCAUUUUUAUCAACAGACAACACUUUGAUUCUUCCUUUUUGUCUGUUAAUAAAAUGUUCUAGUUUUUUUUUUUAAUCUUCGGGCAGUUUGUGAGAUCCUUUUUUGUCUUUUGACUUUCAUACAGAAGGACAACUUUAAUGCAGAAGGAUAUCUUUUAUAUGAAUGAGUCAUAAAAAAAACCCAAGGAAAUAAACAGGCAGAGACCCAUUUAUCAACAUCAACAUCAGAACAUUUCUCUAAGGCAAUUCUGAUGAUGCUUAAAGUGUGAGUGAAUCAUGUAAAUGUACAUUUUAUCAGUCUGCUUUACCCUAAAUAAACCAAAUUAAAUGUAGGCUAUUGUGUAAACCAAGUCUGAGAAGGUGAUGUGAAGGAUUUUGUCCCAAACUGCUUGACUAUAUGAGGGGUGAUAAGGAGAUCAAGACAUAUUUAAAAACAAACAUAUUUCUGUCUUUACUUGUGAGGAAAAAAAAACUUUAAAAAGUAACAGUAUCUGUGGUGUGCUUUACUUUCACAAUCAGCAGCUAUUUUGCAACUAAACAUAGGAUGUAGGAAUUAAACUCUGCUUAUUAAAAGACAAUGUUGAAUUCAUUAAUUUGACUGCUGGUGACAUAAACGCUGUAUUUUAACAUAUUCAUAGCAGACUUUUGUUUUAGCAGAGUGAAAUUAGUUGUCAGCAUCAGCUGGUCUGACUUUCACUAAAACCUGUUGUUUUUAAAAUCUGGAAGUUUUCACUUUAUUUUGAAAUAGUAUCAAUAUUGCUGAACUGUACUGUAUUUGUACUGAAGUGUAUUUAACAUACAGUCUCCUAAUCCCAGAAUAAACUGACAGCUGUUCUUUGAGAAUCAGUGAGGAAAAACUGUACUGUAACAGACACUAUGGCAGUAACAAUGCAGCGAUGUUGUUUGUUGAUCUAAUGUAUACAAAUGUACAAGUAGAGAUAAUGUAGUAAAAAUUGAUCCAAUGAAAAAAGGACAAGC